GGCCGCCACAGGCGCCUGGCCGCGGCGCGGGGAGGCCGGGGGUCCGGAGGCCGCCGCCGCUGCCGCCAUGCCGCUGCUCUUCCUCGAGCGCUUCCCCUGGCCCAGCCUCCGCACCUACACGGGCCUCAGCGGCCUGGCCCUGCUCGGCACCAUCGUCAGCGCCUACCGCGCCCUCAGCCAGCCCGAGGCCGGGCCCGGCGAGCAGGAGCCGCUAACGGCCUCGCUGCAGCCCAGGGCGCCCGAGGGGCCCCGGGCCCGCGACGUGGCCCAGUACCUGCUUUCGGACAGCCUCUUCGUGUGGGUUCUGGUGAAUACUGCUUGCUGUGUUUUGAUGUUGGUGGCUAAGCUUAUCCAGUGCAUUGUGUUUGGCCCUCUUCGAGUGAGCGAGAGACAGCACCUCAAGGACAAGUUUUGGAAUUUUAUUUUCUACAAGUUCAUUUUCAUUUUUGGUGUGCUGAAUGUCCAGACAGUGGAAGAAGUGGUCAUGUGGUGCCUCUGGUUUGCUGGACUUGUAUUUCUGCAUCUGAUGGUUCAGCUCUGCAAGGACCGAUUUGAAUAUCUUUCCUUUUCUCCUACCACACCGAUGAGUAGCCACGGCCGAGUCCUGUCCCUGUUGAUUGCUAUGCUGCUUUCCUGCUGUGGGUUAGCUGUUGUCUGCUGUGUCACUGGCUACACCCAUGGGAUGCACACCUUGGCUUUCAUGGCUGCAGAGUCUCUUCUUGUGACGGUGAGGACUGCUCAUGUGAUUUUACGAUAUGUCAUUCACCUCUGGGACCUCAACCACGAGGGGACCUGGGAAGGCAAGGGGACGUACGUGUAUUAUACCGAUUUUGUCAUGGAGCUCACACUCUUGUCCCUGGACCUCAUGCACCACAUUCAUAUGUUGUUAUUUGGCAACAUCUGGUUAUCCAUGGCCAGCCUGGUCAUCUUCAUGCAGCUGCGUUACCUGUUUCACGAGGUUCAGCGUCGAAUUCGUCGGCACAAGAAUUACCUGCGGGUCGUUGGAAACAUGGAAGCCAGGUUUGCAGUUGCAACUCCUGAGGAGUUGGCUGUCAACAAUGACGACUGCGCCAUCUGCUGGGACUCCAUGCAGGCUGCCCGGAAACUGCCCUGUGGACACCUUUUCCACAAUUCCUGUCUUCGUUCCUGGCUAGAACAAGAUACCUCAUGUCCAACAUGCAGAAUGUCUCUCAACAUUGCUGACAGUAAUCGUGUCAGGGAGGACCAUCAAGCAGAGAACUUGGAUGAGAAUUUGGUUCCGGUAGCAGCCGCUGAAGGCAGACCUCGCUUAAACCAGCACAACCACUUCUUCCACUUCGAUGGGUCCCGGAUUGCGAGCUGGUUGCCGAGUUUUUCUGUCGAAGUGAUGCAUACCACCAACAUCCUUGGCAUUACGCAGGCAAGCAACUCGCAGCUUAACGCGAUGGCUCAUCAGAUUCAAGAGAUGUUUCCCCAGGUUCCAUACCACCUGGUGCUGCAGGACCUCCAGCUGACACGCUCGGUGGAAAUAACAACCGACAACAUUUUAGAAGGACGGAUUCAAGUACCUUUUCCUACACAGCGGUCAGACAGCGUGAGGCCUGCGUUGACCAGUCCUGUGGAAAGGCCAAGCAGUGACCAGGAUGAGAAUGAAGUUUCUCCUCAGGCGGAACGCAUGCCAUUGGACCUCAGUCCCCGCCUGGAGGAGCCCGUGGACUUCAGCGAGUUGGAAGCGGAGCCCAGCGAGGUGGAGGACUUCGAGGCGCGGGGCAGCCGCUUCUCCAAGUCUGCUGACGAGAGACAGCGCAUGUUGCUGCAGCGCAAGGACGACCUCCUCCAGCAGGCUCGGAAGCGUUUCUUGAACAAAAGCUCCGAAGAGGACCCGGCUGCCGAGAGCUUGCUGCCGCCCGCAGGCCCGUCCCCCGACCCCGUGGCGCUGCGGCGGCGGAUGCUGGCUGCCGCCGCCGAGCGGAGACUGCAGAAGCAGCAGACGUCCUAGCGCCGCCGCGCCCUCCUCGGCCGCCGCCGCCUGAGCCCCGCGCCCUGCGCCCAGCCGGAAGAGGCUGCCCAGUGCUGCUGCCGUGUGACGCCGCGGGCCUGACUCGUUGCCGCUGUACAGAGCAUGUGGUCUUCCUAGUGUUUGGACGGCUGACAGAUUUAAUCCUUCUCUGUAAUACUUUCUAUGUGAUAUUUCUCUUCCCCUUAAAAGCACUGCACAUUUUCACUGUAGGCGUUGACUUGUUGGGGUGGGGAGCGAUCAGGAGGAAGUGGGCAGGCGCCCGCCAGCGGCAAAUACUGCGUCCUUAGCGCCACAUCUGGCCGGAGGCUGUGUGCUCUGGGAGGGCGCAUAGCCAGCAGCGAGCAGAGGCACAGCCGAGCCUGGCUCCGCACCGCCGUCACCGCCGUCACCUGCUGUCACCUGCUGUCACACCUGAGGAGGCAGAGGAGGGGUCAGAGGCCAGACUGGGGGACUCCCGGACCCUCGGGGCCAGCAGGGCAUCUUGGGAAAGGCCGUGGUCUGCUGCCCGGAGCAGGAGGGGCAAGCUUGGGGCUGCAGAGUGUGAGUCCCGCCACAUCGGGACUGUGAGCCCCAGGUCACGGCUGGCUUUAUUUCCGUUAACUCUGGUGCUCCUGCAGGUCCUGAGUGUACCCGUGUCCCCCGUCCCCUCCGCGUUCCCUGCCCCUGUGGACACGGGAAGGGGGAGGUAGCCAGCUUUGGUUUAUGGUUUUAACCCCCCGGUCAGGCACAUCGGGCAAUGCCAAAGCCUGUGGGUUUGGUCUUCGGAGAAGAGGUGGGCGGUGCCAGGUGGGGGAGUGGGGAGUGCACUGGGCAGGGCUUUAGGGAAGAACUGAGAGAUACCUUGUGUGUAUCCCCGGGCCGUGGCUGUCCACCAGACCUAGAAAGCUAAGAGGUUGAAUCCACAUGCCUUGGAGCAGACCCAGGUCCUGAGUCUUCAAAUUCCUCACGCAGUUAACUUUUGGGAUUUGAAACAUGCAAUCAUAGGUUACAUAGUUCAGUUUUAUGUCCCAUUGGAUUAAUUUUUUUUUAAUGUUUGAAACAUAGUUUUAUGGUAGUCCUUUUGGGAAGAAUCCCAGUAUUAUCUAAAAUUAUUGGCAAAGUUAAAUGUAUUUUACAUAACUGGAAGUUUUUAGAAUGUUGACAAGUAAUUGAAAAAAGGGUGGUAGACAAAUAUUUAGGCAGAAGUAAUUUAUUUCAAUAAAUCUUUGAAAAGCCUUACUUUGAAAUGCUGUUAGUACACCUCUGUGAUUUUUAAAAUUUGUUUUGUUUUGCUGAGAGCAUAGCUAUUUGUUUUCAUUGUAAAACAAUAAUAAUAAAAAGCAAACUUUUA